AUGAUGAUGCAGAAUCAGAUUCGGAAGAUGAAGAGUACCAUAAAGGACAAUGACCGGCUUAGUGACUUGCCUACCGCAAUUCUGCUUCAUAUAAUGUCAUUUAUGAAGAUAAAAGAUGCUGUUCAGACUUGCAUCUUGUCAAAACGGUGGAAAGACCUCUGGAAAUCCCUCCCUAAUCUCACAUUACAUACCUCAGACUUUAGCAAGCCUUCUAUUUUCUCUGAAUUUGUGUCUGGGAUUGUGUUAUGCCGUGAUGGCAACCAUCCCCUGCAUAAUCUUGACUUCGAUCGCCAUGUUUCAAGUUAUGAUAUCAAAAAAAGAACGAGAAUCCCUAAGUCUCUCAACCUUCCAACAUUAAUAAGUUUGCAUCUCGAGCAUGUUGCAAUUUCUGUCGAUGACAGAGGUCAUGCUGAACCCUUCUCAACUUGUAACAAGUUAAACACUCUGAUCAUAGAUCAUUUUGGCGUAGUCUCUCCUAACUCUUACAUCCUACCAAAGUUAGGAAUCCUCAAUAUAACCAAUGCUACACUUGCCAAUUUGACCAUCAAUGAUACUUCAGAUCGCAAAAUUGUGAUAUCUACACCUAAUCUAAGUUCUUUCUCCUUAAACGGUUCUCCUUUUCAAGCAUUGUGUGGACAGGAAGGGAAGAAUGUUUUUCAUCGAAAGAGACUGAAGAAACUCUUGAGAGUCAUAGAAAAGGAAACUGGGGCUGGAGAGAAGAAAUUCAUUGGUGGCAACAAAAUUGGAUUGGCAGACCUUGCAUUGGGAUGGAUUGCACAUACUUUGGUGGCCUUGGAAGAUGUGGUUGGUGUCAAGUUAAUCACAUCUGAUGCAUUUCCUAACCUUCAUUCUUGGGUGUUGAAUUUCUUGGAAUUUCCUACCACAAAAAACAAUCUCCCACCUCAUGAGCUAGCGGUUGAGUAUUUCAGGGAAAAGAGGGAGAUGUUUCUUUCAAUGGCUACCAUCACUAGAAUAUUGGAGUCAGGGACCUUUAAGCGUAGUUGA